AUGCGAUUGGAUUCGGCUGGUCGUGAAAUGAUGGGUUGCGAUAUAGUGGGAAGCCUUCUAGCGGUAGCUACAGAGCUAUCACCUACCCUUGGCAAAGCUCAUCGUCGUCUGGGUGAUUGGGCCUUUUAUUCUGCGGAGUCAACUGCAAAUGAGAAGGACAAGCCAUUGUUUGACAAAAAUUACCGAAUGCUUCUUGGCGAUAACGUUCCACAAUCGACCCUUGAUGGCCUUUGGGAUGCAAUAAAUUCUGCUAACUCAGUAGCACAACUUCGAGAGAAUGUAAUAGCUGCUUUACCAAACGAUACACUCACUGCUGAGAGUUUGCUGAUGAGUGACAGUCACUUUUCAAACCUCUGGGCCCAAAUUCGGCAGCGACGCUCGCUCUUCUACAACUUAUCAGUGUCUUCUUAUUUCGCUUACAUCUCUCAACUUGGUGGAAAGACAAGUAGUGGCCACAAGGGUACAAUUGGAAGUGUAUCGGCCACUCUCAGAAUACUUGGUUUAUUGGCAAAACAUGCUGAUUUCCUCCAUGAAGUAAUCGACCAGGGUUAUACUGCACCGCAUGCUGUUGUGUUCCAAGCAGUUGCUGGAGCAUCGUCAAGUAUGUUGGUAGGCAGCGAUGAUGAUGUCAUUGAAGCUCCAGAAAAAGAAGAUGAUGAAAGCAGUAGCAAAGUUCGUGAUUUCUUAAAGUCAUCAGAAUUCUUUAUUUUUUGUUUUUUGAGCAGAGCCGAACGCUGCCUGAUGUUUGAAGGUUGUCGUGAGCUUGUGUCCGUUCUAGAAGGUCAUUACCCCAAACUUGUAAAGGAUGUUCGAGAAUUUGUAAAUGAAUUGCAAAGGAUAAACUUGCUCAAUGAAGAGAGGUGGACUUUUGUUCUUGCAAAUCUGGACCAUGAAAUGGAAAAACGAUUGGAGCAGAUACGUGCGGAAAGUGAGAAGACGGUCAAUGCAACACAUCUGGACGAUAAAACACGCUUGGAAAUUAUUGCUGAGAAGUCACGCCUGAUCACUUCCUCUGUCAGUUAUUUGAUCCCGAAUUCACUAUUAUCUCCUAACUUUUUCGUUUAUCGCAUUCUGGACGAUCUUUACGAGCGUACCUGUUUACGGGAACCAACAACUCAGAAUGAGCGCGCUUUCGUGCAGGCCUAUGGUGAGAAGCUCCAGGCAAUGUUCGAGCAAUCGCGCGCGAAUAGGAAAAGCGCAGAAAAGUCGUGGGCUCCAUUUAAACAUAUGCUCGGUAUUCUGCUGCAGAAGAACUCACGUCGUGGUGGUCACGCUUUGCAGAUGCCUGAGAUAUCACCGGUCUUGAGCGAGCUAUCAAAAAGCAGCAUCCCUAUUCCUGGACAGGAAAACAUCGAGUUCAGCGAAAUUGUCACCAUUGAUCGCGUUCUCAAGAACGCUCUAGUACUUCCCACCAAGACAAGACCAAAGAAGAUCGCAUUUGUUGGUAGAACCCGGUCAGGCCUUAUUCAAUGGGUGGGAGGUGCAACGCCCAUGUUCCACAUCUAUAGGAAGUGGCAGCUUAGACAGGCGCAAAUCAAACACUCUAUGGAACGUAAGAGUGGUGUACCUGCUACUACUGCUGCUCUUGAUAUAGAUAGACCAACUGAUCUUUUCCAAAAGAAGAUGCGCGGAGUUUUCACAGAACACAAUGUGGAAGCAGCAACUAUCGCUGAUAGAUCAAAAUGGCCACACAAUCUUCUACGAGAAGUGUUCAACUCAUUGCUAAAGGAAACUCCAAAAGAUCUAAUAAGCAGAGAGCUGUGGAUGCGAGCUGGAAGCUGUGACACGUGGUGGCGUGUAGUUUGCCGGUAUGCACGAUCGACUGCGGUGAUGUCGAUGAUUGGAGCCAUUCUUGGAUUGGGGGAUCGUCAUUUGGACAAUGUUCUAGUGAAUCUGGAUCGCGGCGAUAUCGUGCACAUCGACUAUAAUAUCUGCUUUGACAAGGGCCGUCACCUAAGAGUACCAGAGACAGUUCCAUUCCGUCUGACACAAAAUAUUCUCCAUGCAUUGGGACCGACUCAAGUGGAGGGCGUUUUUCGUGAAUCGUGCUCACAUGUACUGUCGACUUUACGAGAGGGAAGAGAAGUGCUACUGACAGUACUCGAUGCCUUUGUAUACGAUCCUCUAGUCGACUGGACAGUAUCCGACCAUUUGACAGCCUCAUCUGCUGCUGUUGGCGUUGCUGUCACUUUGGCAGUUUAU